UUGAAGACCAAGGACAUGGUCUGAAUGGCUGUUUUUUACCGUCACUGGAGGAACUUAACAUGCACCGAUCACCAGAACCAGGCAUGGCUGGGAAACCUUUCCGGGCCACUUUCAUCUGGAGCAGCAUUAUCUCCAAUCUCCACUCUCGUGUGGAGGUCAAGCGCCGGCGCCACAACCUCAAAUCCUACCAUGACUGCUUCCUGGGCUCAGAGUCCGUGGACGUGGUGCUGGCACACAUCACCCUGAACCGUUUCUUUGGUGACGAGGCGGUGCCCCGCUACAAGGCCGUCCGUCUCUGUCAGGCCCUGAUGGACUCGAGGGUGUUUGAGCCGGUCGGCGUUAAAGUAUUUGGGAAGGAAAAAAAGCGAGCCACAUUUGAGGACAGUAGUUGCAGUUUGUACAGGUUCCUUAGCCCGACGAGCGUGUCCUCAUCAUCGCUGACCAACACCAACUCUCACUCCACCAGCACCAUCGAGAGCGGCUAUGACUCACCGAGCAUGAACAGGAACAAGAACAGCUACAGUCCAUCACGUGAAAGACUAGGGGUGCUGAGCUACUCCACCCACUCCCCUGUAAAAUCAGACAAAUCACUGGAAGACGUGCUGAGAAACCUCAACCUGAGCUCCACCAUCACCCCUCAGAUGAUCAACCUCGGCCUCUCACAAGAGCUUGUGGAUGAGGUGUGGCACCAGCAGGCUGUGCUCAGGCUGCUGCAGUUGAUAGAGCUCCCUCUGUUGGAUAAGCUGUUAGAGGGUAAAGACGCAGCGCGGCCUCCCCUGCAUGGUAUGGACAGUGACCCGGACCUGUUGUACACAUCCAGCUACCUAGACAGAGAAGUUCUCAAGGCCUUCAGUGAAGCACAGGCUGAUGAGUGGAUGUCAGGGGCAGUGGACUGUCUGGAGUUUCUUCCUGAUGAAAUGGUGGUGGAGGUCAGUCGAGGUUUGGCCGGUUGUGCUGACGACCUGCUGCGCUGUAAGAGUCUGCUCUAUGAGGUUCUGGCUCAGCAUUACGGAAACACGCAACAGCCACCUCUGCUCAGCAACCACGUUUUCGACAUUCACUCGGGCAUCUCGGAGCUACUGGUGAACGGCAAGCAAGAGCAAGCUCUGGAGUCUCUGCAGCUGAGCCUGAAGCUGCAGGACUCUCGCAGCAGGGAGGAGCUCCGCAGGCUCCUGAGAUUCAUGGCUGUCGCAGCCAAACCACAGGAGGUCAAACUGCACAAAGAGAUUGAGAACAGAAUGGCGGUGAAAAGGUCUUUCUCAAGUGCCAUCGUCUACAGCAAAAGACUCUCCAAAGGAAAGGUGGACUUGAUGAUUCUGUUCAUGAUGGAUAACCACUGCGAUCUGUUUAAAAUUCCUGUUUCAUUGCACAAGAUGGUCAGUGACAGAAUAAUAAGUAUUGUGAAAGGAAAUGACCCAGAUGUGAUAACAGGAUCAUCAUCAUCAUCAUACUGCACAAGAGUGAGCUCUAAGGCUUACUCAGAAAAUGCACAAAAAACCACCAAAGACGAACUUUGGUCCUUACUCCGAACAAUCCACGAGAACCCAAAACUCUCCGUAAAAGAAAAGAAACGGCUGCUGGGACAGUUCUAUAAAGGCCACCCAGAGAUAUUUGUUCAGUACUUUGGAAAUAGAUUAUCCCCUGUCAACGUGUUGCUACAGUGAUAUUUAUUAGUUUAACAAUUCACGCAUUGUAAUGUUUAAAGGUGUACGACGUUAAUGUGAUGUGAAGACGUGCAGUAAGUGGAUUUGAUUUGCUAGUAUGUAAAUAGUUUAGACUACUGAAGAAGAAUGUGAAUGUUGAAUUGUGAGGACUCGUAAUAAGCUGCGAUAUUUAAGAAUGUAUUUAAUUUCUUAAGAUAUUUUCUUUGGUGCAGGACACUAACAUGAAAUGUCCCUGACAGUUCUAUAUGUGACAAAAUGAACCAAGUGUUCUUGAGAGUAUGUUUCUUAUGUUUUAACACUGCAACGCUUCUUGAUGGCAUUCAGACAAGUCUGCAUAUAUCUCUUUUGAAUUGGAUCUUUGUGCGUAUGCAAUAGGAACAGUGUUAGCAAUACAAAUGUGUCUGCUCAUGUGGAUUCUCAUAUACAAUGUGAUGCACAGUCGAGCUAUGUCUCAAACGGAAAUUGAACCUGGAAAUUUGAAAGUCUGAUGUUGUUCUGUAGUAAACAGUCAGAAGCAUUCAUGAGAAUCAGCCCUCUGGGUUUUUGUGUUGCAACAUACAGUAUCGACAAAACAGAUGUUUGUGUGUUUUAAAAAAGAAAAACUGAAAGCGUAGCUGCGUUUUAGUGGUAUCUUCAGGCUUCUGUUUUGAAUAAGGUUUAUGUAUUCCUUCUGAUCAGCUGAGGAAACCGCUUCAAAUCUUAAAAUAAAGUACAACUGGAAUUGUCAAACA